AUGAUAGAAACAAUCGAGCCAGUGAUUACAUCGCUUUUAGAUACGGAUCUUUACAAAAUCUUUAUGCAUGCUGCAGUAUUUAAACAUUUCCCAAAUAUUCCAGUGAGGUACAAAUACACUAACCGUACUCCAGAAUUGCAGCUCAAUGCACCUGCAAUUAAUUGGCUCAAGCAGCAAGUUGAAUAUUUGGGUGAGCUUGAAUUUUCUGUGAAGGAAAUAGAAUAUCUUAGAAAGACUCUACCCCAGUUAUCGGAUGAAUACCUUGCCUAUUUACAAACAUUUAAACUUGAUCCUCGAUCGCAGAUCAAAUACAUAGAAUCCGAUAAUGGUGAUUUUGCGUUGGAAAUUGUUGGAAAUUGGGACCAGACAAUUCUUUAUGAAAUCCCACUUUUGGCGUUGGUAUCGGAAGCAUAUUUCAAGUAUGUUGAUACCGAUUGGGAUUAUUCGGGGCAAUACGAGCUAGCCAAAAGUAAGGUUUUGGAUCUAAUCUCAAAUGGGUGCAGCUUUAGUGAGUUUGGAACUCGUAGAAGAAGAUCCUUUAAGACUCAGGAGAUUGUAGUUGAUGCCAUUAAAGAGGUAUUUGAAGAAACACACUCCAAGCACAUUGCUGGGACUUCAAACGUGCUUUUGGCCAUGCAAAAAAAUUUAGCCCCCGUAGGAACAGUGGCACAUGAAUGGUAUAUGGGAAUUGCUGCAAUUACUCAAAACUACAAAAGAGCCAACACCACAGCAAUGGACUAUUGGUUAGACACUUUUGGAAAGCAGUAUGCCGGAUUGGCUCUAACAGAUACUUUUGGGACAGACAAUUAUCUUGAGCAAUUCAAGAGCCCGUAUGCAGAAGUAUACGCUGGAGUGAGACAAGACUCAGGUGACCCAGUGCUUUAUGCUGAGAAAAUGGCCAAGCACUAUAAAAGCUUAGGACUCAAAGACAAAGUUAUCUGCUUUAGCGAUUCUCUCAACAUUGAAAAAUGCUUGGCUUAUAAGCAAAAAGCCGAUGAAUUGGGCUUGAAGUCGACGUUUGGUGUUGGCACAUUCUUUACAAAUGAUUUUCAAAAUAAAAUGACAAGAAAAAAGUCACAACCACUAAACAUAGUUAUUAAGUUGAAAGAAGCCAAUGGGCAGCAUUGUAUCAAGAUUAGCGAUAAUGUUGGAAAAAACAUGGGGGACAAAGAGACAGUAGAAAAGGUCAAGAAAGAAUUGGGAUACGUAGAGAGGACAUGGGAAGAAGGAGAUGAAGCACAUAGAUGGUGA